GAUAAGAGUCUUACACAGUUAAUUAAUUGCUCAAGAAGCUACAAGCUUACAAACGGCAAGGCGUUGACCCAAAGAAGAAGCCACCUGCAGUGACAGGCACAGAAAGCACGGAGAACGAAGAGAAGCCUGAAAUGAAGCAGCAACUGACAGAACCCCUCGUGGCCCGAACGCAAGAACAGCCUUCUAUUCCUCAAUCUGAUCCUGUUCCUUCCUUUCUUAUCACAUAUCUAUACGUAGGCCACUUCUUGGCCAGAUGGGGUACCAGAAUGUGGGACUUCUCUGUUGGUUUAUACAUGAUAAACAUUUGGCCAGACUCUUUACUCUUUGCUGCUAUAUAUGGUGCAGUAGAAUCAGCUUCUACUGCACUUUUUGGACCCAUUAUUGGACAUUGGGUGGACAGAUUUCCAUAUUCAAAGGUUCUCCGAAUUUGGCUGGUAACACAGAACCUCUCUUUUGUGAUUGCGGGAGGCACCGUGAUGGCAUUGCUGGUCUAUGCAGAUUUGAAGCUCACAAAUUUUUAUGCAUUCGUCUUUCUCAUAAUCUUAACCAACAUCUCAGGAGCUGUUGGAGUUCUUUCUACUCUUGCUGGUACCAUCUUGGUCGAAAGAGACUGGGCGGUGGUGAUAUCAGAAGGGCAUUCUCCAGAAGUACUGACAAAGAUUAAUUCAGUCAUGAGGCGUAUUGAUCUGUUCUGCAAGCUCUGUGCUCCUGUCCUAACCGGAUUAAUUAUCAGCUUCGUAUCAUUAGAAGCUUCUGCUUUCACUUUAGCACUCUGGAAUACUAUAUCUAUUUGGCUGGAAUAUUGGCUAUUUACUUCUGUAUACAAGGGGAUUCCGGCUUUAGGUGAAAGCGGCCAAAGGAAGUUAUCAAGAUCUUUAGAGAGUGAUCAGAACAAGACAAGAAGUAACUUGCUUUCCAGUGAUGAUGAAGAUGAUGUAGAAAUUUCCCAAGAAAGCUGGAUAAACAGAAGAAUUAAACAGUUCUCAAGGAUUCCAUAUGUUAGUGCAUGGCGAGUAUACUUGCAGCAAGAUGUGGUACUCCCUGGAGUAGCUCUGGCUUUGUUGUAUUUCACUGUCCUCAGGUUUGGAACAUUAAUGACAGCUACCUUGGAAUGGGAAGGUAUACCUGCAUACGUAAUUGGAAUAGUGCGUGGAGUAGGCGCUGCGGUCGGAAUUGCUGCAACAGUGGUUUAUCCAAUCUUGCAAUCUCAUAUCUUAACACUUAGAACUGGACUCUGGUCCAUCUGGUCUCAGUGGACAUUCCUCCUACUAUGUGUUGGUUCAAUAUGGGUCCCCAAUAGAGUUUUGUCAGCAUGUAUGCUGAUGGCAGGAGUAGGUACUUCUCGGCUUGGAUUAUGGAUGUUUGACUUGGCAGUAAUCCAACAAAUGCAGGAUCAAGUUCCUGAAUUGGAACGUUGUGUAGUGGGAGGUGUUCAGAGCUCCCUUCAGUCUAGUAUGGAUUUGAUGGGGUAUGUCAUGGCAAUAAUUAUAUCUAAUCCACAGGAUUUCUGGAAGUUGACUCUGGUGUCGUUCGGGGUGGUAACAUUGGCUGCAUUGCUCUACACCCUACACCUUUACCGUGUCCGGAAGCACCUCCUUCACUUUGAGAAACUUACUCCGUUUCUUAAGUGCAUUACUAGAUCACAAUCUGCAAAUGUAUAGUUGGGUCCAUUUUGCUGUUCGAAAUCUUGAUCAUAUUUAAUCUUCCAAGUCUGGCCUCCAGUUCUCAAAUAAGAAUGUUAGUCCUGGCCUAAAGUACUAUCAUGCUAGCGUGUUUCAUAUGUAUAUUAACCAAAAUAUGGCAUAUUGUGAAAAGUAUUUUAGGGACUUCCACUGA